AUGACCCAACUUCUUCGAGUCGCUGUCCUGGAAUGCGACACGCCAGUGGAUCCCAUCCUCACGAAAUAUGGCACCUACGGGGAUAUCUUUGAGAACCACCUGAAGGAGGGGCUUCAGAAGAUUGAGACUCCGGUGAAACUGCAGUUGACAAAGACCAACGUUGUACUACCAUUUGCCGAGUACCCCAAACCCGAAGACUUCGACGUCGUGCUCUUGACCGGCAGCAAACACGACUCUUACAAAGAUGAGCCCUGGAUACUCACGCUGGUCCGCUUCGUCCAAGAUUGCUAUACCGUGCACAACAAACCCAUGCUCGGGAUCUGCUUCGGCCACCAGAUCAUUGCGCGGGCUCUGGGGGCACGCGUUGGCCCCAGUGUCUCUGGAUGGGAGGUGGCCGUCGAGCCGUUCUACUUGACUAGUGUAGGGAGGCAGCUUUUUGGGAAGGAUGAGAUUUCUUUGCAGAUGAUGCACCGUGAUGUUGUCUUCGAAGUUCCGCCGGGAUGUGUCAACCUGGGUAGCAGUCUGAUCUGUGGUAUCCAGGGUUUAUACGUCCCGCAAAAGGUCCUGACUGUUCAAGGUCACCCAGAGUAUAACGAGUUCAUGGUCAGCUCGAUUCUCAAGAUACGCUAUGAGCGCGGUGUGUUCGAGGAAGGCUUCUACAAGGGUGGCAUGUCGCGGGUCGAUAAGCCGCAUGACGGGAUGACGAACCAGAUCCGUACCCUUUCCCCCUCGACGAACAAGGUCAUCUUCGAGCACCCCGGCACCUCUCUCGAAGAGGCGCAGAAAAUCGUCCAAGCGUCCCAAGAUGCACUGCGCACGUACAAGAAAACGACCCUCGCCCAACGGAAGGAGAUCGUCGUGAAAGCGCUGGAUCUCAUCGUCGCCGACCGAGACACGCUGGCCGCCGAACUGACGACUCAAAUGGGCCGCCCGAUCGCUUACACCGGCAAGGAAAUCGACACCUUCCGCAAGCGCGCCGACUACCUGCUCAACAUCGCCGAAGAGAGCCUGAAGAACCUCCCCGGCACCCCCGAGAACGGAUUCCGGCGUUUCAUCAAGAAGGAACCCGUUGGUCCUGUUCUGAUCUCGACCGCCUGGAAUUACCCGUACCUCAUCACCGUCAACGCCCUCCUCCCCGCCCUGCUGAGCGGAAACACCGUCAUCCUCCGGCCCUCCCCGCAGACCCCCAUCUUCGGCGAACGGCUCGCCUCCUAUUUUGCCCAGGCCGGUCUGCCCGACCACGUGCUGCAGGUCAUCCACUGCGGCUCCGCGGACGUGCUCGACGAGAUCGCCCAACUGCCCCAGAUCAAGCUCAUCUCCUUCGUCGGCUCGACGCUAGGGGGGCUGCGCAUCCGCGAGGCCACCGCCCGCCGUUUGGUGCCGGUGAACCUCGAGCUGGGCGGCAACGACCCGGCGUACGUGCGGCCCGACGCCGACCUGGCCUCCGUGGCCGCCAACAUCGUCGACGGGGCGGUGUUCAACUCGGGCCAGAGCUGCUGCGCCAUCGAGCGGGUGUACGUGCACGCGCACGUGCACGAUGCGUUUGUGGAGGAGGUGAAGAAGGAACUGGCUGGUUACAAAGUCGGCGAUCCCCACAACCAAUCCACGACGACCGGCCCCGUGAUCUCCAGCCUCGCCGUCAAGAACAUCCAGUCGCACAUCACGGAUGCCCUGUCCAAGGGCGCGGUGGACGUGACGCCGUCGAACCCCACAUUCCAGAACCUACCCGCGGAGGGGAACUACCUGGCACCGACGGUGUUGAUCAAUGCCACGCACGACAUGCAGGUCAUGAAGCACGAGACGUUUGGCCCGGUGCUCCCGAUCAUGAAGGUCUCCUCGGACGAGGAGGCGGUCGACCUGAUGAACGAUAGCGACUACGGUCUGACGGCGAGCAUCUGGACCAAGGAUAUCAAGAGGGGCGAGGAGUUGAUUGACGAUGUCGAGGCGGGCACGGUGUAUUUGAACCGUUGCGAUUAUCCCAGUCCGGAUCUGGCGUGGAUCGGAUGGAAGAAUUCGGGUCUGGGGUUCACGCUGGGCCCUAAGGCUUACGAUGGGUUCUACAAGAUGAAGAGUUUCCAUAUCAAGGAGGAGUAA